AUGACGGGACCCGAGACUAGACCGUUGCCUACGGUGGGUAAGCAAGUCUGUGACCGGCUGCUGAGAUGGUUCAUUGAAACAAUUAGUCAAUCAACCGAGCUAUGCGAUAAGGUGAAUACAGCACGUGCCAAGAAACCUGCACUCAAAGACGACGAGAAGGUGGGAAUCUAUUUGAAGCUGACCCGUUUGCUUUUGGAGGCCCAAUACUCAAUCCAAACCUUGAGUAGGCUCAGACAUGGACACUUUAAUACGUUGAUGCAUGAGCAGGAGGCCAAGGAAAAAAAUCGUCUCAUUCAAGAGCAACUCCGCCAACUCCAUGAAUUGUCACUGGCGGAUAUUGACAUGUCUAUGCCCCAGGACACGGCCCAGGCGACAGUGGAUGAUGAUUUUUCUGAGACUCAGGCCGAACCAGCAAUGCAACAACAUUGGGCCCCCUGUAAAC